GACGCAGACCACAAGGUCCGACGCACACCAGCAGAUAGAGGCUGUCCGGUGGUUUCUUCCUACGUUUUCUUAAAUGUCAAUGGCUUUGAUUAAUUACCGGGACAGUCAAAUCUUUUGGCGGCGUUCGAGUAAUCCCAACUAUUCAAUUUCAACAAAAGAUGUUUACAUCGGAGAACAAAGACAAAAUCAUGCGUAGCCCUUAUGGGUGUAAUUGAAUGAGUGAUAACUGACGAUUCGCUGCGCGCAAAUCGUCGAGACGUGAGUCGUUUUAGCAACCCAGUCGUAAGCAAGGCUGGUGUUGCGUGUGUUAGUCAUAUCUGUUGACAGCUGGUAAGUCUAGAGUACACAAAGCGACUCGGGAGAGAAGAACCACUCGAGCAACAAGUGUCCGUAUGUCUGGGGAGCUGAUACCAUGUUUCCCGCAUUUUGCAGUGCUAAUAAAGGUUUAUUGACACCUCGGAAAGCUUGGGACAAACACGAUUGCACUGAGGAGUCAGAAAUAACUUGGGGAAGACCACGAAUUCUAUUAGAUGCGGUCAGCAAAGGUCGGCUUCGUCAGUUAAGAUUGCUGUUAGACGCAGGGGUUAAUGUCAAUAGCCGAGACGAAUUGAGCGGAGAAACGGCUUUAAUAAGAGCUGUGUUUUUGGAAAAUGCGAAACUUCGACGGAUUUCGUUAAAAAUGCUUGUGAACUACGGUGCGAAGGUGAAGAUAACAGAUAAGACCGGACGAUCGGCGCUUUCUUGGGCUUGCUAUCACGGCAGAGAAGACGUACUUAGAAUCUUCCAAGGUAAUCCACAAUUAGAUCUAGAUCUUGGAAGCAUUGAUAACCAAGGGAACACAAACCUCAUAUUGGCGUGCAUGUCAGGGAACGCUAAAAUAGUUACUUUAAUAGCGAGAGCGUUCAGACGAAAUCGCUUUGAUGUAAACAGAAGAAAUAAUGCGGGUGAAAGCGCAAUGUCUCUUGUAAGACAGCUCGGCUAUAAAGAUCUGGUUGAUGUGUUACUAGACGUAGCUCACGUCAACAGAGGGCAUGUGCCACAGAGGCCGAGUUUAACUUCGGCAGGAAUUAAACCAGUGGCUGGUAAAAGACCAAAGCCACACACAGCUCCGAAACAGCGGGCCUCUUGUAACCUACCGAAACUUUUUAAUCUCUAUACCGAGCAGUUGACGAAUUCCUAUCCUACUAGACAGUGUAAGUCGUGCAUAGAACGAAGAUAGGCGCGAGGAAAGCACACACGAACGCAUUAAAGAGAGGAGAAGCGAAUUUGCACUCUUUUUUUUAAUAUAAGAACCUUUUUUGUCCUACUAAGCAUGGAUUGUUCCUAUUUUUUCAUCAAUUGUAGCCUAGGAACGGAAAAAGAAACUCAAGCUUCGUUCAUGAAUUUCGCAGAUCCAAAACACGGUAUAGAAGUCAUGAAUUUGUGACCCACUAAAUGCCUCUGUUUACAAGAAUACAAUUUGAAUCGUUGCUUUUAUCAUAAUUCAAUAGAGAUAACUACUGGAUAGGGUAGGAAAUGAAAAACUGAAGCGUUCUUAUCAAGAAGUUCUUAUAAAAAAAAGUGUGUAUAUCUAUUGUUUAUCGAGUCGCUCAUACGUUGAUUUGACGUUGGAUGUAGAUAUACAAAUAUUAUUUGAUUAUAUUUAUAUAUAUUAAAGUAAUGAACACAAAAUGGUUUACAGGGCUCCAAUAAAAUACGUCCAGUAUGCUAA